AGGUGGUAGUCGAUGAAUUUCUCAGUCUCGGGGAGAGUGACAGUUUUGAGAGUCGGAGUAGUGGUAGUGGAAAGUGUUUGCACAUUAAAAAUAAAACUUUUUUGCCACUCUGGGCGUUUCUGUGAGCAUUUGGCGUGAAAAAUUCUAGAGAAGAGAAUGCAAUGGAUGAUCCGAAAGUGACAGAGAGUGCCACAAUGAGCGCUGAUGGCGACAGCCAUCAGGAUGAGGGAGUUUUCGCGAGUGAUGACAACAGAGAGAUCACAGGGAAUAAUGGACACCUACUACAUCGUCAGCGCCGUCAAUGGGCCAAGGCGAGACAGGCUGGCACUCACGAUGCACGCCACAUGCCAUCGAGUCGUCGUGUUUCCUUUCCAAAGCACGACAGUGAACUGGUCACGGGGUACCUAGAGCCCGCGAACCCCUGGGCCAUCUCUAAGCCCAAUCUCUCAGCCAAGGAGCUAAUCGAAUUGUACAGGAAGUCGUGCUCGAAGCACGAUGUUGAGCCCUUAAUGGUCGUGAUUAAGCACUUGGAGACUAUAGAUUUCCAGAACAUGACGCCCCGUAGUAAUUCCCUUGUUCUCCGCGAGAACAAACUCACGCCUCAAUCGUGCGAAGCUCUGGAGGAGAUACUUAAACGGAUUCAAUACAAACUAAUCGACCUGACGUCAUGUGACCUGGAUGAUAGUUCGGCGUCUGCCAUGUUUGACAUGAUAGAGUUCUAUGAGGCUGCCACGGAGCUGGACAUCUCGGAAAAUCGUGCAAUUUCCUACCGUGGCUGGCAGGCAUGUGCGGCAAUGAUUAAAAAAAGUCAAGCCCUCAAUGCCUUACUGACCAGUGGCACAUCUAUCUCCGAGUCCAAUGCUUCAAGUCUCGGCAAAGCUCUCAUGUCCUCUGCCAUCCAUACGCUAAAACUAGAACAUUGUGGACUCACGGGUAGGCCACUGUCAUCCCUAUGCUCCGCCCUCAAAAAGAACAUGGUGCUGAAAGAACUCUGGCUGGCACACAACGACCUCAACUGCUACGACGCCUACACGAUUGGUAAUCUGCUGAAAGCCAACUACUACCUGCAAUUCCUCGAUAUCAGCAACAACUACAUCGAGGACAAUGGCGUCUGUCACAUUGCUGAGGCUCUCAUCAAACAGAGUCAAUUCUUCCGCAAUGCCACUCAUCCCGACAAAGCCACCGACAUCAAUGCCAUGCAGAAGUUUGAGUCUAAGAAGCCCAUCCCUCCUGUGGCUAGACCCAUUGUGCCACCACCUACGCCAGUUGUUGCUGAGCCACCUAAGGCCCCCGAAAGGGCACCGCUUGCAAAGCCCGAACCCAUGCCUGAGGCACUGGACUCCGAGAAGAGUGACGAUGCGACUGCGAGUCCGCGAUUAGAUAGCAAACUUUUGACCAUUUAUGAGGGUUCCAGAGACAACAACAACGCGAACCUGCAAGGCUUGUGCAAACAACCUAGUGAACCAAUAACUGAAGUGUUGGAUAGCACGGAAAGAGAAAUGUCCGGUGAUAGUGAUGAUAAGACAUCAGAAGACGAAAAAAUUGUACAAAGUCCAGUAUUAGCAGACGAUGAGAGAUCAACGGAGACGGUGUGUGAGGAGGAGAAGGUGUUGGAGGAGGUAGAACUGAAAAUAGUGGAAAAGGAGGAAAUUCUUCAGCCAACAGAGGCUUCUGAUGAGGCGCCAGUUUUGUGUGGAGCUCAAUGUCCGAACAAUAAUUCUGCAAGUGACGCAGAUAUUAGUACUUGUGUAUCAAAUGAUGGGCAAGAUAAGGGGCUAAUUGACACAGAACGCGAUAAAUCAGUUAAUGAAUUGUGCACUAAGAGUCUGAUCGAUAUAAAUAGGAAUCCCGUAAAAGAAAUUGUUGCAGGUGAUGUGAGCCAGACCGAAGAAUUGACCACAUUGCCAACACAACUAUGCGCCGAGGCGACAAUCUCCGAGAUGCUUUCAUUCACCAACUCCAAUGACGCGACACUUAAGGAGGGAAGUGUGCCAACGGAUGCUAAUUUAAUCUAUGGCAACACAAUCAACGGCAAAUCACCCAAAUGCUCCUCAGACAUCACACCAGAUAGUCCAGCCUCCUUUACCGUAUCCCAAUCUCUGGAUAGUAGCAUGGAAUUUCCUGAAAAUUCCCCAUCCUAUGACUGUGUCUUUGAGGUACCUGUAGCCAGGCAAAUAAUCCCUGAGCGAUCCCUUAGCUCUGAGAGUCUAAAUAGUGAGACAUCGAUUGAGUCCAAUGACUCCAAGAGCUCCAUAAAACUGGCUGAGAGUAAAUUCUCCAAAAAUGGCACUCUCGAACGUCAGACCAUAGCCUCGGGGGUAGAUCCACCGCCUAUUACAGCUCCCUCGGGACUUCAGGUGCUAGUGCUGUGGAAUAAUCGUAUCACUAAGAAAUCCGCUGCACCAAUUUCCGAUGUCUUGAAGGCCACAACGACCCUGGAAAUUCUGAAUAUUGGGAAGAAUAUGCUCUGCAAUGAUUUUGUCACGAGCAUUCAGGCCCAUUUGAUAACAAAUACGAGUUUAACGAAUUUGGGUCUGCAGAGUUCACAUCUCACGUGCGUUGCCGCCAAGAUGCUGAGCGAGGUGCUAACCACAGGACCCAAUGGUGUCCUCCAGCGAGUUGAUCUGCGUGACAAUAACAUUCAAAUACCCGGAAUCACCGCCCUCAAUGACGCCAUGAAAGUCAACAAGACACUCACGCGCCUCGAUCUGGACAACACACUGAAACGAUAUGACUCUGGCACGGACACCACGGAGUACUCUCGCAUGCUGACGAGUAUCCGGGCUCAGUGUCGACGCAACGAGCAACCAUUGGAGCCACGGGAUCCUAUUAAGCCGACAGCGAAGCGUGCCAGAAGCGCCUUUUUGCCCUCGCGAAAGAUCUCUCUGACAUGCUCCACGCGUUCACCAUUGGAUCUCAUGUGUGCGGGUGGGAAGCCAGAGAGGCAGUUGCUGGAUACAAAUAGAAAAACCGGUGGGCGUCUAAGAUCACCAUUGCCAAGUCCUAAUCCAUCCCCCAGUGCAUCACCAGUGCCAAGUCCGUCCCGAAGUCGUUUUCAAGUGUCACGUGUCAUCGAAGGUGCCUCCCCACUAACACCGCCAUCGUCCACCAGCAGUUCACCAACUAACUCCAUUACAAGUUCACGCUUCCGUGUGACUACCAUAAAAGAACAGAAGCCUGUGACACCCACACCCCUUCCAACACCCAUUAUCGUGGAGAAGAUUGUUGUGGCGGAGAAGGUGGAGGCUAAGGUGGAGUCCAUUGAUAGUCCGGAUAUGGAAGUUAGUCGUUUUCUCACGGCCGAUGAUAAUUCCUCCAUUGGCAGUGCGGAUUCCUUUGAUCGUGGUCACGAUCUCAAUACCUCUCUCAGUUCCACAGAUAGUCUGGAUAUUAUGGGUGGGGAUCCUGUGGUGGUGUUUGGGCAGAAGCUCAAAGGGAGUUUGUCCAGUCAGGAGUCCCUGUCUGAUUCCACACAGCAGGAAUCCUUUUGUUCAAUGAGUAGCAAUGAGAACACUCUGACGAAUAGUAUUCAAUUGGUCGCUAAGGAUCUGCCUAAGGUGGGAGGGAUUCGGAGUCCUGAAAAACGUGUUAGGAAGACAUCUUCUCGGACCCAAACACCAAAUCCUCAAGGAUUUGACAAGAUUUUGCAAAUCUUUCAGAAUCCUGUCACUUUGAUUGCGCACAAGAUGGAACGGAAGAUGGAUUUAGAGGGGCAGGAAAAUGUGACUCCGGCCUCGUCUAUAGCGUCUACUUUGGUGCCACGGAGGGAUAGUCCGAUUGGUGAACUUUUGGCGAGAGUGACGGGAUCUGGGAAGAAGGAAAUGUCCUCGGAGGAUGUGACUCCGGUUGAAAUGCAACCAACAACGGUGCUUCAGGCCAAUGUUAGUCCGGAAAAUGUUGCAGGGGCUCCGGAAAUUGAUGUUGUGGCUGCUGAUUGUAUCCCUGUGGCACUUAAGCAGGAAAUUAAGGAGAAUAUUUCUCCAGAGCAUACAAUUACAGCUGCCAAUGUGGAUUUCCUGCAGGAUGCCAUUAACCAGGCUACAAAAGUCAAAUUUGAGGUUGGAAGUGGAGAUGAGGAUACGGAAAUGGACGAUACGGGAGUAAGGGAUGAUCCUGGAUCGCCAUUAGAAAUGCCCACCGUGGAUGAUAGUCACUCUCUUGGUCAAAUUACCAGAGAUUCCCUAAGCAUUCUCAAGGAUUCCUGUGGCAAUCGACAUGAGGAGUCUCCAUCAUCUCUGGCCCCAUCCGCCACGCCAAUGGUCCAGCAAAUUGAGAAAUAGACAGAGAGAGAGAGAGAGAGAGAGGCAGCGCCAAGCUCCCAGAGAUGAAAAAAAAAACAAAACCUGUUGUUCUGUGAUAGGUUCAUUUGUGAUAAUCUUAUUAUUAACUUGAAUUAGUUUUUGUUGUUUUUAUUCCUUUUAUCAUUUAUUCGAAUUUUAUUGGAUUUUUUUUUUGUUUAAUACGUCUCAGCGGGUAAAACUUAUUUUAUUUUUUAGUUUACGCAACAAAACAAUUGUAAAAGAACUUAAAUCGGCGAGUUUUAUUUAAAAAAAUAAAAGAAAAAACCUUUUUUUGUCCCUCUUAAGACAAAAACUUAAUUGUAGAUUAGGUGACUUAACAAGGUGAAAUAAUUCAAUAGUUAACUCUUUUGUACUUUAAAUGAUAAAUGAUGAGGUAAAAAAAAACCAUUUCGUCGAGUUAAAAAUUUGUGAAUUAUUAAAUUAAUAUAUGUAAAACUUUAAAUUAAGAUAAAAAAGAACUAUUUAAGUAGGGUUUUUUAAAUUAAUCACAAAUGCCAUCGAGAAUUUCAUUCAAGAAAAAAGGAAGAAUAAAAAAAAGAGACAGAAUCGUGAGAUAUAAGGAAAAAAAAUAAAAUUAUUGAGGAAAGACAAAACUAGGUGGAAAAAAUAAAAUAUAGAAUUAUUAUAAACAAAUCACUGUACGUAAAGUAUACAAUUUGUAGAAAUUGUGAUAUUAUUAAUUUUGAUUCACGAAAGUUACUCAUAAUUUUAAAUGCAAGAAAAAAGAAACAAAUUGAAUAAAGUGACAGUAAACCAACAAAAAAAAAAAGAUACAACAAAUCACGUAAGAAUGAGGAUUUAUUAAGAUGGAAAGAAAAAAAAAACUUACGAUAGAGAUGAUAACAAAAUGAAAUUGACCCCACCAAAAGCAAGAGAAGAAUAAUAUUGUUACUAAUUCAAGCUAUAAUAAUUCUGAUCAUUUGUAUACAUGUAAUGUAUGUAUGUUCUUGUUCAUGAUAUUGUUUAACUAGC